UUAAAAAGGAAAGAACACUCCCCCACACCACCAAAGCCUCAAGCAACAUAAGCGAGUCUUCUUCUCCAGUGCUCUGUCCCCAUUCUCAUCAUCAUGGCUCAGCCAAUUCCAGCUCCAGCUCCAAGUGGCACAAAGCUUGAAAACCCUCUUCCCAUCAUCGGCACUCAGUACUGCGCACCUUACCCCGUUGAUCUUUCGGUUGUCAAAAAAGUCAUGACCAUAGCCGAUGGUAACUUUGUUGUCACAGACAUCAACGGCACCGUCAUUUUCAAAGUUAAAGGAAAAUUAAUGUCCCUUCAUGAUCAGCGUAUUCUGCUUGAUGCUGCCGGAAAUCCUAUUGUCACUCUUCGAGAGAAGAUAAUGUCUGCACAUGACAGAUGGUAUGUGUAUAGGGGCGAAAGCAAAGAGCCCAAUGAUCUGCUUUUUACUGUUAAGCGAUCUUCAAUGAUCCAAUUGAAGGCCAAGUUACAUGUGUUUUUGGCAAAAAACACAAAGGAAGAGGUAUGCGACUUCAAGGUUGAAGGGACUUAUUCUGAAAGAAGUUGUGUCGUUUAUGCUGGAGAUUCUCCCAAUAUAGUUGCCCGGAUGUCUAAGAAGACCACCGCUCAAAGUGUUCUGAUCGGAAAAGAUAACUUUUCGGUGACUGUUUAUCCUAACGUUGAUUAUGCAUUCAUAAUUGCGCUUAUUGUGAUUUUGGACGACAUGAACAACGAAAACAGCGUUGAGUGAUCAGAUCAUGGCCAAGUUUGGAACUCAACUACGUCAAGUUGAAGAAGGAUAUUAAGUAAUCUGAUGAUUGUAUAAAAAAUUGUAUGUUUAUCCUUUCUAUGUUGGUUUGACGGCAUUUAAA